AUGCAAUCACAGCAUGAAUCACAGACUUUCCGACUGCCACACCAUUCAUCCUCCAGUUCCAGUAGUUCUCCCCCACCUGCUAGUUGCAAGCGCAAUUCAUCAUCGGCGUCUCAGUCUGGCCCUGAACGUCCCUUAUUUGACUCAACAUAUCAUUCGCGCAGCCGGAGCAGAUCAGAGGGAGCUUCUGACAGUCGCACUCAGGCUAGUGGCGGUCGUGAUUUUGAUAUGGUGUUCAAUCCACCUGACUUGGAGGAUGUCAUUGAGGAUGGUCAUGGCAGCCAUCAUGAUUUUGAGUAUGAUGCACCACACGAUACCUUUGAGGAUCGGCAUUCUGCUGAGCCGCCGGCAGACUCUACAGGUGGCUUGGAUGUAGAUCAGCCUCCUGGUAGUAGUGCUAGUUCUGACAGCCAAGCUUGGAGUCGGCUUCAGGUAACUAGGUCAUAUCAUCCCAUCAUUAACGGGAGAAUCUGCGAUGGUCAAGGGAAUCCCAUACCCCCAGAUGCUCCACCACCUCCACGCCCAUCAGAUCGUGGAUCUGACGACUGGACGCCAUACAACGAUCGUGUCGAGUUUGAAGUUGCUGAUUUCCUGUACCAUCGCAACCAAAUGUCUGCAGGCGAUAUUGAUUUUGUAUUCAAUCUGUGGGCAGCUUCAUUAGCAGCUCACGGUGAUACCCCGCCAUUCACAAACCACACCGACAUGUACGACACCAUCGAUUCAACUCCUCUCGGUGAUGUUCCCUGGCAAAGCUUCAGCUCGCAGUACAACGGAAUUUUACCUGACGACCCGGAUGACAUUCCAUCAUGGAUGAAGUCUGAGUAUGACGUAUGGUUCCGAGACCCUCGGCUCCUGGUUCACAACAUCAUAUCAAACCCGGAUUUCAAGGACGAAUUCGACUAUGCACCACUACAGGAGUAUAGCGUUAGUGAUGGAGCGCAUCAAUUUCAGGACUUUAUGUCCGGCGACUGGUGUUGGAAACAGGCCGACUUAAUUGCGCAAGAUCCGGAUACAAUAGGAUCGAUGUUCGUCCCUAUUAUCCUUGGAAGUGACAAGACAACAGUCUCUGUCGCCACUGGCCAUAACCAAUAUUGGCCGGUCUAUAUGUCCAUUGGCAACAUCCGCAACAAUGUGCGGCGUGCACACCGCAAUGGUGUCGUACUACUUGGCUUCUUAGCCAUUCCAAAAGCUGAUAAUGAAGACACCAAGGACGCACACUUCCGAAAGUUCCGCUGCCAGCUUCUACACUCGUCACUUGCAAAAAUGCUUGAAACCCUCAAACCUGGCAUGACCAAACCGGAGGUUGUCCGUUGCCCUGAUGGCCACUUUCGACGAGCUGUGUAUGGUCUUGGACCAUACAUAGCUGACUAUCCCGAGCAAGCACUGCUUGCAUGUAUUGUACAAAAUUGGUGUCCAAAAUGCACCACACCAGCAGAUGGUCUCGAUGAAGGCACAUAUGGCCGAUGUUCCCGCAAUCACACCGAAGUUUUGGUUGAGGAAUUCGAACUAGACAUUGUGGUGUGUACAAUACCUCAUCUACUCGUCUCUUUUGAACUUACACUAUUGAUACAGCCAUUCACUAAUUACUUUCUACGCGCCAACAUACACGAGCUUCUCUCCCCAGAUAUCUUACACCAGCUCAUCAAGGGAGCGUUCAAGGACCACCUAGUUAGUUGGGUGCACGACUACAUCGAAGCUCAAUAUACAGAAGCCAACGCGAACAAGAUACUGGACGACAUUGACCGUCGCAUCGCUCUAGCUCCAGCGUUUGCAGGCCUUCGACGAUUUCCAGAGGGUAGAGGAUUCAAACAGUGGACUGGUGACGACUCAAAAGCUCUCAUGAAGGUCUAUAUACCUGCUAUCGAAGGUCAUGUACCCAAAGAGAUGGUACAGGCUUUGCGAGUGUUACUCGACUUCAUCUACAUCGCUCGCCGCAACAUCAUCAGCUCUAACAGCCUCGACGCAAUGGACGAUGCCUUGAAGCGUUUCCACAGGUACCGCGAGAUAUUCCGAACAUCCGGUGUUCGACCCAGAGGAUUUAAUCUCCCUCGACAACAUUCACUCAUCCAUUACCAUAAGCUCAUUCGAGCGUUCGGCGCACCAAAUGGGCUUUGUUCAUCUAUAACAGAGUCCAAACACAUUAAAGCCGUCAAGGAGCCAUGGCGCCGGUCGAGUCGUUUCGAGGCUCUCAGUCAAAUGUUACUUACCAAUCAGCGUCUCGACAAGCUAGCUGCUUCACGCGUUGAUUUUGUUGACCGCGGGAUGCUACGAGGGACGUGUUUGUCAUACAUCCUCAACAAACUUGACCAGGAUGAGCCUUUUGGACGCUACCAUCAUGCAACUAAUUAUGGCGAAGGUAGUGCAGACGAGGGUGAGGGUAACACCAAUGCUGAGCCUGAUGCUGAUGCUGUUGAUGGGCCAGCGGUCCUUGCCCAUGUUGACCUGGCGAAGACAGCUGCCAGACGGAUCUACCCAGAGCUCAUUGCAGAUCAGAUAGGUCAACCCAACUUCACAACUUUGAUUCAGCAUUUUCUGCGUGACCAAUGCCGUGCUGACUCUGACUCAUCUAGCUCUGACUCCUCCCGGUCUGCACUUCCUGAGAUCUAUGAAAAGAUCACACUGUACACUUCAGCCGUGGCCACCUUCUUUGCUCCUAGCGAUUUAUCGGGGAUUGGCGGUAUGCGCUACGAGCGUAUUCGCGCUGUAGAUAUGUGGAGAAAUGGCCCUGGGCGCUAUGAUUGUGUCUUUGUUAGCACUGAUUCAUCUGCCGAUGGCAUGCGCAGCCUCGACAUUGCUCGACAUGAUGGUAUCACGUACCCUUGUGCACUUGUACAGUGGUUCAAACGUGUGGCUGACUCCCCAGAUGAAAUUAUGGGAAUGUGGGUUGUAGAGCCGGAGCUUCUUGAAGAUGGAGCACGCUGUGUGUCUGUCAUCCACCUUGAUAGUAUAUUUCGUGCGGCCCACCUUAUACCAGUAUUUGGGGGCGACUUUGUGCCAACCAAUCUCACUUACUCGCAGACACUCGACACUUUUUGCACUUAUUAUGUCAACAAUUUCAUUGAUCAUCAUGCAUAUGAGAUCGCAUUUUGA